CGUUCGUCAUCUACAACUUCCUGAGUCUGUGUUACGAGUAUCUGGGAGGAGAGAGCGCCAUCAUGGCGGAGAUCCGAGGGAAACCCAUCGAGUCCAGCUGUGUGUACGGGACGUGCUGCCUGUGGGGGAAGACGUACUCCAUCGGCUUCCUCAGAUUCUGUAAACAGGCCACGCUGCAGUUCUGCGUGGUCAAACCUGUGAUGGCGGUCAUCACGGUCGUCCUUCAGGCCUUCGGGAAAUACAGAGACGGAGACUUCAACGUGGCGAGCGGUUACCUGUACGCCACCAUCAUCUACAACAUCUCCGUCAGCCUCUCGCUCUACGCUCUCUUCCUCUUCUACUUCGCCACUCGUGAGCUGCUCGUCCCGUACAACCCCGUGCUCAAGUUCUUCAUGGUCAAGUCCGUCAUCUUCCUCUCCUUCUGGCAGGGGAUGCUGCUGGCCAUCCUCGAGAAGUGCGGCGCCAUCCCUCAGAUCACCUCGGCCGACUUCUCAGUGGGCGAGGGAACGGUUGCUGCCGGUUACCAAAACUUCAUCAUCUGCAUCGAGAUGUUCUUUGCUGCUGUCGCUUUACGCCACGCCUUCACCUACAAGGUGUACAUGGACAAGAGACUGGACUCCUAUGGUUCUUUUCCGAUCUAUGGACAGUACGGCCGCUGCGCCCCCAUGAAGAGCAUCUCUAGCAGCCUGAAGGAGACCAUGAAUCCAGGAGACAUGGUCCAAGACGCCAUCCAUAACUUCUCCCCGGCCUAUCAGCAGUACACCCAGCAGUCCACUCUGGAGCGAGGAGGAGGACCGCCGCUGUCCCGCAGCCACAGCAACCUGAGCGCCCGGGGGGGCGACAACGAAAAGACCCUGCUGCUCAGCUCUGACGACGAGUUCUGAAACUCGCUCAGAGGCAUCAACGCCGCUUUCCUUUUUCUUAUUUUCAGAGUUUAGAGGCGGUCUGAUUCCCUGAGGACGCACAGAGAGACGCCUCCACAGUCAGGGGAGAAUUUAACCCUUUACAUGCUCUGUGAACUAAACGUUCACACACUGCGCCGUCCUUCAGGGAAUCAGACCCGAGAGAGAGAAACUAAAAGUGCCAUUUCCAUCAGAAACACGUUCAGAGCGUUCAGACCUUCAUCGUCCUCUUCACCUUCUGACUCCGCCUCUCAGUCAAACGUUGCCAAACGACGCCAACAGAAGCUGCUCUGGCGUCCACGACCCUCGCUGUCUUAACAGAUUUAUAGUCACAAAAAGCCUUUAUAUUGUUGGGCUCCAUUUUAAUAUAUAAGAAUGAAAUCACAUGUUUUUAUAUGUCGUAUGACCUCGAAGGUCAAACUCGUUCAAACAGUCGUUUGUUGAUCCAGAGAUGUUUUAAAUAUUCUGUGUUGGUUUUAAUAGUUUUAAAGAGACUGAAGGAGAGUGUUCUCCUGACACAGAUUACUGACGAAGCAACACUGUCCUGCAGAGCGUGGCGAGCCAGCUGUGGAGUGUAAUCCCAUAAUUAAAGGCGUCACAUGGAGCACAGACCGGCCUCAUCGUGAGUCAUGGUGGUCUUUACAGACGCACAGGGUCAUGUAGAGGCUUUAAAUGAGACCGCUGUCACAUCUGAGAAGAGAAUACACCGACCACUGGAGGCCGUCAUCAUCCCAGAAUUUACAACUUCACUUUGAUUCUAGUCGAACUUAAAGCAGCAGUCUGUAACUCUGACCCCUAGUGUUUAAAAUGGGUACUGCAGUCCAGAUUCUAAACAUCAUAUAGAGCUGUCUCCCCCC